UAGCGCAGUGGACAUUGCACCCUCAAAUGAUAUCCCCGCUCCUUUGCACGAUAUCUCUCCAACUCCAACCGGUGUCAAAAUAGCCGUUCCCGGCCGUGUUUAGCCUAUCUUUGUUUUUAUGCGAGUUUGUUACUUCCAAAGAUGCAGAACGGACCGGAUUCGAACACCGAUCUACAAGACUUGCUUGCCCAACUCGGUCGUUUCCUCAGCGCCAAUGAGAAUAGAAUAUCGGCGGCACAAGUGUCGAAUUGUUUCCAGCAUCUUUCAACAAACGAAAUCUCUGCACUACACCGUCUCUUCUUCUUGCUUUGUAAGAACAAGAGAAGUGACAUCCAUCGACUACGGACGACACAGAGACUCACCAAUGGGUUCUCAGGCUGCGCUGCGGGCCUGUCCGGAAACGUCCAUGUCCGACCACACGUCGACGAAAUGAGCCUUACUGAACCUGGGCACCAUCGAUACAAUCGCAUACCUUCUUCUGGACGCGAGUGGCCAGAGAGAGAGGAUGGUUCACGCGCACUCAGCCGUCCUCAUCUGCAAGGACGUGGGAGCUCCUCUCCUUCAAUCUCUGCGAAUGGCGACAACAAUCCCAAACAGCGACGAGGCGCCUAUGCUGGCGAUGCAUUAGUAAAUUCGAUAUCAGAUGAGAAUAACCAUCGGGAUAUACCCAAUAUCCGCUGCUCAGAACAAACCGCUUCAUGCCAGCAGUCUACCUCAAAUACCGCCGCCAAAUUGCCCACUCUCGCAAUCGCCACACCAUACCAACGUGACGGAGCCGCUGUUCAAAACUUGGCAGAUCAUAACAGCUGUGGCAGCAGCCGUUUAUCCACAUGUGUUGAAAUUAAACUCACGCCGAGUACUGAACGACUCUUGGAGAAUUGCAAAACAGACCCUACACAGUUCCUUCGCGCAAUCAAGGAAGCCAAAGUAGCUCUCCCAAAUGGGCAGGGUUGGGAAGCCGCCCUUGCCACGAAAAAAGAAAACACUGACAUUCGAGACCUGCUGAGGAUUUAUCAUAGAUUUGAAUGCUUUAACAUUUACAGUCAUGUCGUGGAAGCCGGAUACCACACCAGUAUGCACUGGGUCCGCGACGGGCGCUCCAGCCUGAUCAAAAAGCUGUGUGAAGACUUUCCGAAGCGUUUCCAAAGCCAAAAAGCCGCCAAUAAAUGUUUGAACUGCGUUGAUCAGGGUUGUAAGUAUCAUGAGUGGAUCAAAAUAUUUAGUGAAACAGAAGAUCUCGGGUAUCUCAUCGCAUUGCCCUCGGACAUGCCGCACUCAGCGUAUACAUCCAGAUGCACCAGAGAGCAAAUGAACGCAGCUGCUAUCAAAUUCAAGGAAUUGGGUAUAGAUGAGCUUGUGAGGGGUUUAGGACUCUCGAGGCUAGGAAACCACAUUGCGUCGGCAUUGAGAGAUAUGACGGCCAAGAAGAAUGGGCACACCAGUGGAGAAACGCCCCAAGUCUCUUGUGAACCAAUGCAGUUGAACUCGUUCUCAAGCGUUGACACCCCCGUUCCAACGGCACCGCCAGAAUCGAUAAUACCAAGCACUGAUGAAAAUCCUCUACUCUUUGAUACGAACACAAUACUCAUUUCUCCGGAAUAUGAGUUUGGGUGCCAAGCACAACUGAUCUCUACCAUGCGCUCAGAUUAUACCAUGAGUCAACUCCCGGCGUCUUUACUACCUACCGAUAAUUGGUAUCAGUAUCUCCAUGAGACAGAAAACCACGGCGAAAGUUAGAACAGCCCUUUGGAUAGCAAUGUAAUAGAUAGCUAUCCGUCCUUUAAUGCAAUAUGUAAGUCAUACCGUUUUUGUGAAAUGGGAGCCUGUCAUGUCUAUGAAGUUCUUAUAAUAGUGUAAGAUCGACUGCUGCGGGUAUAGUAGUGAUAUCCUGGACCACAGCUACAGUUUGAGCCUGCCGGUACCGGUUUCGGUUGCUAGGUGCUAAGCGAUACGCAUCGUAGUCUAGAUGUUAGCAAUUUGAAUCGAUUACCGUUUUUAACCUAAUUUAAACACCACUUGGAGAC